AUGGCAUUUUCUGGAAUUCUCAAGGAUGAGGAUGUGGCUGCGGCCCUUAAGGAUUGCUCUGCUGCUGACUCCUUCAACUACAAGACAUUCUUUGCCAAGGUAGGCCUGAGCGCCAAGUCCCCUGAAGACAUCAAGAAGGCCUUCUUUGUCAUUGACCAGGACAAGAGUGGCUUCAUUGAGGAGGAUGAGCUGAAACUGUUCCUGCAGACCUUCUCCGCUAGUGCCAGGGCAUUGACCGAUGCUGAGACCAAGGCCUUCCUCUCGGCUGGUGACAGCGACGGUGACGGCAAAAUCGGAGUUGAUGAGUUUGCGCUUCUUGUUAAGGCUUAA